GGAAUCCCAGAGGCUGUCGUUCCACAUGGCAGUGAGGGUACUGCUGGGGUUCAGAGUAGCAGACGAGGAGAUGAGACACCUGUUCACCACCUUCCAGCAGUUUAUAGACAACAUCUUCACUCUGCCGUUAGACCUGCCAUUCAGUGGAUACAGGAAGGGCAUCUGUGCCAGGGACACACUCCAGAAGGGGAUAGAGAAGGCCAUCAGGGAGAAACCUCUCUGUUCCCAGGGGAAGGAUUAUAGCGACGCACUAGAUAUCCUACUGGAGAGCGCAAAAGAGAACGGCACCGAAAUCACCAUGCAGGAACUCAAGGAGGCGACCAUUGAGCUGAUCUUCGCAGCGUUUGCCACCACGGCCAGUGCCUCCACCUCUCUCAUCAUGCAGCUCCUACGCCACCCUGCCGCGUUGGAGAAGUUACGAGAGGAGCUCCGGACCAGGGGGAUCCUCCACAACGGCUGUCUGUGCGAGGGGGAACUGGGUCUGGACACCAUCGUUAGUCUGAAGUAUCUGGACUGUGUGAUUAAGGAGGUGCUGAGGCUCUUCACGCCCGUGUCUGGGGGUUACAGGACGGCCCUGCAGACAUUUGAGCUAGACGGGGUACAGAUCCCGAAGGGUUGGAGUGUGAUGUACAGCAUCAGAGACACACACGACACCUCCUCCGUCUUCAAGGACGUGGACGCCUUCGACCCCGACCGCUUCUCCCAGGAACGCAGCGAAGACAAGGAGGGACGCUUCCACUACCUCCCGUUCGGCGGCGGCAUCCGCUCCUGUCUCGGGAAACAGCUCGCCACUCUCUUCCUCCGUAUACUGGCCAUCGAGCUGGCCAGCACCAGCCGGUUUGAGUUGGCGACCCGGAAUUUUCCUAGAGUGGUGACAGUGCCAGUGGUUCAUCCGGUGGACGGGUUGAAGGUGAAGUUCUACGGUCUGGAUUCUAACCAGAACGAGAUUCCGUCCGAUCUCCUAGCCGACAUCAAGACGGAAGAGCUACCGGGAGCCGCGGUGUAGAUCGUUGAUCUGGAUUGGACGAAGCAAGGAGGAAGGAGGAAGGGAGGUAUGGAGGAGAAAGGAGAGAGAAGAGGAGGAUGGAUGGAGGAUAUGACAGAAAUAACAAAUGAGGAUGGGAGACUGGGAGACUGGGAGGGGUUUAGUUUCCUAUUUUUUCAUUCUACUGAUGUCUUGGAAUGUCAGAGGUCUCCUUUGAACUCUAAAAAGGAACAUUCAGAAUUCCGAUUCCUUCUCUUUGACGUUUCGUUGUCAGUUGUCAGAACUUUCUGGGAGAGAAAGAAGAACAGAAGCUGCCAAAAAAAGUUUAUAAUCUCUAUUCCUUUUGUUUUCCAAUAAAUAUACAAAACUAUGUAUGACUAAAUUGAAAAGUUAUGUAAUAUAAUGAAUGAUUUAAAAAAAUAUAGAAAGUAACAUUUAGGUGAAGUUAUGCGCAAUUAGGAAACAGAUUUGUAGAGAAGUGUAUUUGCAUGGAGGGAUGAAAGAAAGGAAGAAAGAAAGAAAGAAAGAAACAAACAAACAAAGAAAGGAUAAAACAGGGUAAAAUGGUUUAUGAACAUUUGGGAAAUAAUAAGAGUGGGGAAUAUGCACAAGCGAGAGAGAUGAUCUCAAUGGGAAAAAACAAUCCAGAGAGAGAGAGAGAGAGAGAGAGAGAGAGAGAGAGAGAUGAGAGAGAGAGAAGAGAGAGAGAGAGA